CUACAUACCUUAUAGUAGGUACCUACCACAAGCGCUGGACCACCCCUCGGUCCCCUCCUUUCUCACGCCUCCACUGUACUGUGGGCGUGGCCAACCCAACCGCUCCUGCCCCUCCACGUCGACAGUCUGCCGUCCUUUUCUCCCCCACCUUUUGCUCUCUUGGACAUGACCUGACCUGUCUCGACCAGGAGGGGGGCCCUUGUUGUCCAGCCAUGUGUUGUAUCAAGUCCCAAAGAGUCGAAACUCCAGCCGGCCUCAUCUUCAUCCCACCGAAUAUUUGUUCUGCUUCCUCAUUUCCUUUUCCUAACCCAUCGUCUCUGCAGCGGUCGCUCUUCGCACUGCGCCAGUGAUGCAGAUCACUUCGCCGAUCUAUCCAAGGUGGUUUCUAGCAUCAUGGCCGAGUUUGACGUCUACGAGUCUCUCGAGACUCAACAUCAGUUUUGGGAAGAGCUUGACGACGUCGUCACGACCCAAUAUCAGUCGCACGAUUUGAUCGACGAAACCCUACGAGCUUGGCUAUACCUCACUUCGAGAUUCCGAGAAAAGUUCCCCGAAACCGAGGACGAUGUCGCUGUCUGCUGCGAGAAGUUACUGCAGUGCCAGCUGUUUCGAGACAACAAGGACUACAUCCGCACCCAAAUCAUCUACAGUUUGCUGCAGGAGGAUGACCCAGCAUCGCUACACGUUAUCGUACUCUUUCUGCUGCUCGAUGGCCAUGCCGAUGAGUCUACAUACUCCCGCAUGAUCGAGGAAGCGUGUUUCCCUCGCCUCCUCGAGCUGAUCAACGGUCGCAAAGAUCAGGAUCUGAGGCUGCAUCGUCUGCUUCUUGAGCUCAUGUAUGAAAUGUCACGAAUCGAACGCUUGCGCACCGCCGACUUACUCCAGGUCGACGACGGCUUCAUCGCCUACCUUUUCCAGAUAAUCGAGGAGCUCUCCAAUGACGUUCACGACCCGUACCACUACCCUAUUAUUCGCGUGCUGUUGGUACUGAACGAACAAUACAUGCUCGCUUCUACCGACGUUGCCGCCGAUCCUACGUCUCCCACAGCCCCCCUUACGAACAGGGUCAUCAAGUGUCUAAGUCUACAUGGUGACUCGUUUCGCACAUUCGGAGAGAAUAUCAUUUUGCUGCUGAAUCGCGAAACCGAGACGUCUCUGCAGCUACUGAUCCUCAAACUUUUAUAUCUCUUAUUUACAACCAAAGCCACAUACGAAUACUUUUACACGAACGACCUCAAGGUUCUCCUUGACGUUAUCAUUAGGAACCUCAUGGACUUGCCGGAUGAGAAGAUAUCGCUUCGUCACACAUACCUCCGAGUCCUGUACCCGCUUCUGGCGCAUACACAGCUGAGCCGCCCGCCGCACUACAAACGCGACGAGGUCCUCAAGGUCUUGAGGAUCCUGGGCGGUUUUGGCAACUCCCACUUUGCGCCCGCUGAUGAAACUACAGUUAGGUUGGUUGAUCGCGUCUCCAAAGUGAAAUGGCUUAUCGACCAGGAGCCUUCUGGCGAGGCUGAAGUGGCGAGGAAGUUCCUGGGCAUCAGUCUAUCUCGCUCGCAGACGGCAAGCAGCGUUAGCGUAGUUGAUGUCGCGGCCGUCAUGGAGAAACCUGGUGUCAUUACUCCGAGUCGGAAAGCCGAAGCAGAAGCGGAAGCCAAGCAAGGAGAAGAAAAUGCCGGGCGACUCGCAGUGCGGGCGAAGAAACCCCUGCCCGAAGUACCAAAACAUCGACACGGUAUUCCUGUCGGACCGACGUCGACGUCGACGUUGCAUUUGAAUGGACAUAGGAAGAUACCACCCAAAGCACCACCACCACGGCGGAGGACGAGGCUCAAACCCGUCGAAUCUGUGGCGGACGAUGCUCCCACGCCCCAAGUUUGAGAGAGCCAUACUUGAUGGCCCUGGUCCUGAUAGCCGAAGAGACUGAGGAUAUAAAACGGGACAGGCGUUUGCUCGAGUUGUCGACUUGAAUGGGAGUUGCACUUGAAAACAUGGAGAUGCAUAGCAAUCACGACCUUAUGGAUGGCGUCGAGCGUUCGGGUCACUAUCAUGGCAUAGCAAGGGCGUUUGGGUUCCGAGGGAUGACUACGUUCGGGCCCUGGGAAGGCGUGUCGCCUGUUGACCCUUCAUUCUAGCAGCUUGUCACAUAUACACAUUUUGAAUGGAUACGAUAAAUGCGC